AUGACAGACCUGCAGAGUCUAGUGGUGCGGUUGGAGAAGGCUGUGGGGCGCUUGGAGAUGGCAUCCCAUGGCCCUGGAAUGCGUGGCAGCUAUGGAGACAGCUCUCCGAAUGGAGUGGCUGAGUACGUGCAAGCUUUUGACUCUCUCUUGGCUGGUCCCGUAGCCGAGUACAUGAAGAUAAGCAAAGAAAUUGGCGGUGAUGUCCAAAAACACGCUGAGAUGGUCCAUGCAGGGUUGAUGACGGAGCGAGCGCUCCUGGUGAUGGCGUCUCAGUGCCAGCAGCCAACAGCAAACAACUUCUCAUCCCUGCUGAAGCCAAUCUCAGAUCAGAUCCAGGUGGUCCAGAGCUUCCGGGAGAAGAACCGUGGCAGCAAACUGUUCAAUCACCUCUCGGCAGUUUGUGAGAGCAUCCCUGCGCUAGGCUGGGUUGCCAUGGCCCCCAAACCAGGCCCUUAUGUAAAGGAGAUGACAGAUGCAGCCAUGUUUUAUAGCAAUCGUGUCCUCAAGGAAUACAAAGAUGUAGAUAAGAAGCAUGUAGACUGGGUGAAGGCUUAUCUGAGCAUCUGGACAGAGCUGCAGGCAUACAUUAAGGAGCAUCACACCACUGGGCUGACCUGGAGCAAAACGGGACCUAUAGCAACUGAUGGGGGGUCUCUACCUCCUCCACCUCCUCCUUGUGGCGGCCCACCACCACCACCACCCGGGCCUCCACCUCCUCCAGCUCCUACCUCUGCAAAUUCUGGCUCAGAUGACUCCGCAUCCCGCUCCGCGCUUUUUGCCCAGAUCAACCAGGGAGAAGCCAUCACUUCUGGCUUGAAGCACGUGUCCGAUGACAUGAAGACUCACAAGAACCCUGGGCUGAAGAACCAAGGUGGCUCAGUGCGGACAGGACCAAAACCCUUCACGGCUCCGAAGCCCUCCUGUGCUAUCAAUCCCUCCCAGAAACAGCCGCUAAGGAAGGACCCUCCUGUCCUGGAGCUGGAAGGCAAGAAGUGGAGAGUGGAAAACCAAGAGGGCGUCUCCAACUUGGCAAUCAGCAACACUGAACUGAAGCAGGUGGCCUAUGUCUACAAGUGCGUGAACAGCACUCUCCACAUCAAAGGCAAGAUCAACUCCAUCACGUUGGAUAACUGCAAGAAGCUGGGACUGGUGUUUGAUGAUGUCGUGGGCAUUGUUGAGAUUAUAAACAGCCGGGACAUCCAAGUUCAGGUAUUGGGUAAAGUGCCAACCAUAUCCAUCAACAAAACCGACGGGUGUCACGUGUACCUGAGCAAGAAUUCCCUAGAGUGCGAGAUUGUCAGUGCCAAGUCUUCGGAGAUGAAUGUUCUCGUUCCCACGGACAGCGGCGACUUUAACGAGUUCCCGAUCCCCGAGCAAUUCAAGACGCUGUGGAAUGGGCAGAAACUAGUCACUACGGUGACGGAAAUAGCCGGAUAAGCUGACCAGACACAUGACUCCCUCUCUUCACCCCACCACCUCUGUGGGACAAAUCUGCUUUUGGGGGAUAAUUUUUUUUUUAGAUUUC